AUGGAAGUUUUGGAAGAUCAUCUACCGCUCAUCGAAUUUGCAUACAACAACAACUACCAUGCUAGUAUUCGGAUGACCAUAUAUGAAGCACUGUAUGGACUGAAGUGCAGAUCUCCUAUCGGCUGGUUUGAAGUUAAUGAAACAAAGUUAUUAUGUCCUGAUUUGGUGCAACAUGCUAUAGAAAGGGUGAAAACAGUUCAAAAUCAACUAUUGACCGCUCAAAGAAGGAAAAAAUCUUACUCAGAAAAUCGACUACGAGAUUUGGAGUUUACUGUGGAAGACUGGGUAUUCAUAAGGGUAUAUCUUAUGAAAGGAAUAAUGAGGUUCGGUAAGAAGGGCAAACUCCGUCCCUGGUAUAUCAGACCGUAUCAAAUCCUUCAAAGAAUCGGUCAAGUAUCUUGUAAGCUUGACCUGCCCCCGGAAUUGGAAGCAGUGCGUCCGGUAUUCCAUGUGUCAAUACUUCUGAAGUGCUUAAGUGAUCCAUCCCGUACUACCCCUAUUGAAGAUAUUCAAGUUACGGAGGACUUAUCAUAUGAAGAAAUUUUGGUGGCUAUCCUGGAUUGUCAAGUGCGUAAGUUGCGAACCAAUGAGGUAGCUUCAGUUAAAGUAUUUUGGAGGAAUAAUAAUAAAGAAGAAAUGACAUGGGAAGCUCAAGAAGACAUGAAAUCCAAGUACCACCAUUUAUUCCACACUACGGGAGGCAACAAUGAUACUACCAUGGCGGGCACAACCCAAAAGGACUAA